UCCCAAACCCCUGUAAGCUUAGCUCCGAUAGCUCCUUAACCCGAUAAGACCAAGAUCAAAAGGCCCGCAAUCUCAGUCUCCAGUUUCGAUCAUCCAUGGCUACCUCAUCCUCGUCUCUCUACAACUUCCUCUCCUUCCUCUUUCCCUCAAAACCCCCGCCUCCGCCGCCGCCGCCCCAGCUCGCUACUUUUAAGGCCCAGAAACCCAAAAAUGAUCUAGAACCACUGGUGUCUCAAGAGGCCCCUCUAAAUUCUUCUUCUUCUUCGUUGGCCUCUGUGAUAUGCCCCACUCUGGCAUAUUCCAACACCCUCUACUUUAAAUCCGCCUACAACGUGCAAGUGAUAGUGGAUGAAAAUGAGCACGAGGAGAGGCUGCUGAAUCGGUUCCGGAGAGAGGUCAUGAGAGCCGGUGUUAUUCAAGAGUGUAAGCGCAGGAGGUUCUUCGAAAAUAAGCAGGACGAGAAGAAGCGGAGGACGCGGGAGGCCGCUAAGCGCAACAAAAAGAGGCGCCCCCAAUUAAGAACUCCACCAGAGACCAAGCCGGAAGCGACAACAAACAAGAAGGAAGAUGAUGAGGAUAAUUGGGAUCUGCCUGAAGAGGGUGACAUCCCCUAUUAACUGCAUUCAACGUGCCUUCAAUUUAGAAAACUCUUCACCUUUUGAGUGCAAGAAGCUCUUGGUCCAUGUAAAUGGCAUGAAGUGAAUCCUGUUCUUUGACAGAAUGCAUCAUCCCUUUUGUAUUGUUGUUUAUGUAUGAAGAUUUUCAUUUUUGCGUCCA